GUGGUAAUGGAUUUGCUUUGUCUGUGCAGAACCCGCUUUCCCACUUUGGCAGGGAGAAUUUUUGGGCCGACAGUGGUGCGACGAACACUUUUGUGAGCACUAGUCAUCAGAUGUUUGACUCGAGGCCAGUGCCGACAAGCAAGGAGUACAUCCAGGUUGGCAACGGUGCUUAUUUGUGCGUACAAUGUUUGGGGACGGUCAACAUGGCCUUCCACAUGCAAGACCAGGGAGGAGAGCGUGAUUUUUGCGUGCAGAUGUCGGACGUGUACGUUGUGCCUGGAAUCACAUUCAAUUUGUUUUCGUUGCACCACAUGCAGCGUAAGCAGCGGAUCGUCCUAGACGAGACAGGUGUACAUCUCUUUGAUGGUAAAAUUUUCUUCGCGUACUCUGACGUGGGAUGCUCGCUCUGGGCUACUAGAUUGCCCCAAGAUUACAGUGGAACGGGCAACGGUUCGAGUUCGAGUGCGAGUGCGACUUCUGGCUUCCAGUCCGUCGCAUCGGUCGGUGUUGUACCUUUGACUCCCGGCUUCCAGUCCGUCGCAUCGGUCGGCGUUGUACCUUCGACUCCCGGCUUCCAGUCCGUCGCAUCGGUCGGCGUUGUACCUUCGACUUCUGACGUCCAGCCCACCGGAUCCGACGGUGUAGUACCUUCGUGUCCGAGCGUCCCCUCCACCACUUCCGGUGUAGUGCGGCCGAUAUGUGCUUUGUCGUCUGUCGACGUAGACCCAAUCCCCACGACGAUCCCUGAUUUUCAGCCUGUGAUUACGGCUGCCGUAGAAUCGUCUUCGAUUGUGCCCCCCCCUGCCGUAGAGCUAAGAGACUUUCGCGAGAUCGAGAUCAACCCCCUUGUCUCUCAGGACGAAUUACNUUCCCCUCCACCACUCCCGGUGUAG